CAAAUUCACACCCCAAAAUGUCGGGCCGAGCCAGGUCUGCUCCUCACAGUUGAAAUAUAUGUUCAACAUGUGGGCUUCCUGAGCGAGGCCGUGAGUAACUAUCAAAUGUUGCCGGUCAACGCGUUGAAACCAUCCUACAAAAUGGUAUUUCUUGUCAUUUUACUCAAAUGUGACCUUCUCCAGGUGAAGCAGCUGACUCUCGAACUGGAGCGCUGCGGCACUGAGGCACAUGAGUUGGUCGCCCAAUUGAACGAAGCCCGUGCGAACUCGAGCAGGGCGGAACAGGAGGCUGACGCCUGGCUGCAGGAGCAUGAGUCGCGCAUGAAGCAAAGUCUGGAGGAGCGCGACACUCAAUUGGCUGAACUGCAAAGGCAACUGCAGCAAGUACAGACGCAGCAACGUCAACAGCAGCAAGCGCCGAGCGAGGAAGAGCUGAGUCAACGUGCCCGCGACCGUGAGACGAUUGACGCUCUGCGAGCCGAGAUCCGUGAUGCGGCAAAGUUGCGCAGUGACAUUCAAGAUCAAUUAGCCCAAGCCAACAGUGAUCUGGCGGAGGCCAGACGACAAGUAGAAGAGAAGACGGAGCGCUUGAGCACCCUCGAGAAUGAAUGUCUUGGCGACUAUCCCUUCCACCUCCAUCUUUUGAGUGCCCCCAGUUUGCAAAGAUUCGCCCGAUCGUGUGGACGUAGGCUACUUGGCUAUCGCCCAUUCGAGGGGAAGACUGUCUACCUCAGGUCCAAAAUUCUUGUAGCUUGGCUCAUUCAACAUUCGUUACUGCCCCAGUCCCAACAGCUUUUUCCUCGACCGCAUAAGGGUGAUUAUUCACAUUACACUAGAGUUAGCAUUAUUGGCAUGUCAACAACCAAUCUCGCUUCAAGGGAACAGUUGAGCGCAUUUUUCAAACGCUCAACUCCUAAAGCGGCAUGA